AUGUCAGAAAAUAGUAUGCUGCCACUUUUUGUGUUAUUAACAGCAAAGCUGCUAAUUUGUUGCAACCUCAUCGAUGUGGACAGUGUAAUCACAACAUUUGCUGUUGCUGCUGAUGCUGCUGCUGCUGGGACGACAAAUGCUACAAAGGUUUCUGCGGUCACAACCAAUUUACUGCAGACCAAUCAGCUCAGCAAUCCACAGAACUGGCUGAAGCGUCAACGUAGGUAUUUACUGUUUGAAAAGGGCGCCACAGUGUUGGUGCAGGCCAACAUUGCUAAAAUCAUAUUACCGGAGCGUCCACGCGGUUGCAAUGAAAUCUUCGAGUAUACCUUCAACUAUGAAUUGCCAUACUCUUUGGAGAUGCUCAGCCCGCAGCCGAAGAAAGCACAACAGACGAAGGCUCAUGUGAGGCUGGGGCCAACACCAAAAACUAACGCAACUACCAGUGUAAUCAGCAGCAAACAGAGGCCGCACUGGAUAACAACGUUGCAUCAGGCAGACGGUAUAAGCAAUAUCAACAACAACAACAACAACAACAACAACAUGCAAAAUAUUUGGCAUGCAACUCCCUAUUGGCCUUCAGCGGAUGAAAGUGCAGCACCUUGGUGGCAAGUUGCCGGGCGACGACGGCAGCGGUUCGAAGGACAGUCAUAUCAACCGACGCCGCAGCAGCAGCAGCAGCAGCAAUACUUACCAACACACACACUGCAACGAGCUCAACCGUUUACAUCAACAUCGGCCAAGUUGUCGAAGAAAUUUACAAAAAUGCCAGCUGCUGCACAUCCAGUGCUCAUCGACUCUUCCUCCUACCCCUCCUAUUGCACACGACGAAAUGUCUACGGCAAUUGGCGUCACACGAUGCCGCAUGUUUGUGUGGCUGGUGCUGCUGCUGCUGCUGGUGGUGGUGUUGGUGUUGUUAUUGCAAGCAGCAAAAAAACUAAUGAUGCUGACUAUCGAAUUGAUGAGAAUGUUGAUGAAUACCAUUUUGCAACAAAUGCUGAGCGCGUCUUCUUCGAUUUGCUGGGCAAAUGGGCUGAUAUACAUAAUUACCCAGCUCAACACUGCUUGCUGCGCACCUUCUGUGAAGCUCGUCACUUACUUGCUGUGCCGGGUCAAUCGCUGAUGCACGAUUUAAUACGAAUUCUCAUCGAUGCUGCAUUGCCGGCCUCACGUAGACAUGCCAGAUAUAAAAAAGCGAUUUGGCACGACAAUUUAAACGACUGCACCCAACAGUAUGCAACGCUUUGUGGCUUAAGUUUUCUGCAAUAUUUGACCGAAGUUGUACAUGGACGAUUUAUGUAA